UGCUGUGUCGCUGCUGCCCCCUGUCGGCGCACCCAUGUUGUACUCCGGGGCACCAGGGGGCGCUUCAUCCUCACAGACGUGACGUCGAACAGUUGAGAGCCAAGUUAACCUUCCGCUGCUGCAGAGGCACUUCUGAGUCCAGGAGGAAGAGGUGCAAAAUCCACUCAAAAUGGGUUUCGUCAAAGUGGUGAAGAACAAGUCCUACUUCAAGAGAUAUCAAGUCAAAUUCAGGAGAAGGAGAGAGGGGAAAACAGAUUUCUUCGCCAGGAAGCGCCUGGUUGUGCAGGACAAAAACAAGUACAACACACCCAAGUACCGAAUCAUCGUCAGGUUCUCCAACAGGGACAUCUGCUGCCAGAUUGCUUAUGCAAAGAUCGAAGGAGACCAGAUUGUGUGUGCUGCAUACUCUCACGAGCUGCCCAAAUAUGGCAUCGCUGUAGGCCUUACCAACUACGCUGCGGCCUACUGCACCGGGCUGCUGCUGGCUCGCCGGCUGCUGCACAAGUUCGGCAUGGAUCAGGUGUAUGAGGGCCAGGUGGAGGUGACGGGAGACGAGUUCAAUGUAGAGAGCAUUGACGGACAGCCGAGUGCCUUCACAUGUUACCUGGAUGCAGGCCUGGCCAGAACCACCACAGGGAACAAGGUGUUCGGAGUGCUGAAGGGGGCCGUCGACGGAGGGCUGGCCAUUCCUCACAGUCUAAAACGUUUCCCGGGUUACGACACAGAGAGCAAAGAGUUUGACGCAGAGGUGCAUCGGAAACACAUCAUGGGCAUGAACGUGGCCGACUACAUGGCUUACCUGAUGGAGGAAGACGAAGACGCCUACAAGAAACAGUUCUCUCGCUUCAUCAAGAACGGAGUCACGCCAGACGCAGUUGAAGAAAUGUACAAAAAAGCACACGCCAGCAUCAGAGCAAACCCCGUCCACGAAAAGAAACCCCUAAAAGACGUCAAGAAGAAGAGGUGGAAUCGCGCCAAGUUAUCUCUGGCACAGAGGAAGGACCGCGUUGCCCAGAAAAAGGCCAGCUUCUUACGAGCGCAAGAGCAAGAAGAAGGGGACGGUUAGCGUCCCCGCUGAGACGACACAACACGCAUCAGACAAAUAAAUUUAUUGCAAACUCAA